GUUAACAUACUGUAACUGAGGGGCUCCUGGUUCAGCAACUGUCCAAUGGAAGAUGAACAAAGGAGGAAUUAUCUUAAUGUUUCACAACUCAUUUUUUCAGAUUUGUCACAACAAAUACAGAGCCAAUGCAGAUCCAGAAUGCCUUAGGUCGGGUCGAAUUGAAAUUUCAGUCUGCUCUGAAGUCUCACCGAUUCAUCUCUGUUCCUUCCGAUCAUCCAAAUUAGUGUCGCCGUUUCGAAACGAGCAACUUCUCCAACAUUGACUCCGGUGCAGAUUGCUGAAUAAGCUGUCAACGUUUCCAGGUAACAACGUGAACACUGUAAAACCCCAUUAGUUAGAGGCGGAACGUAAAACGACUUGACCGCUUCUGGGGUAGAUCCUCAUGUGACACUUCCGGCGGAAGUAGCCAACACUGAGCUAGCAGCGUUAGCUUCCAGGCUUCUUUGUGUUUAUCGGCGGUUAAAAAGCGGCUUUGCUGGGUGAGCUGAAUGUUUAAGAGUCUGCGGUAACAAUAUCUUCGGUUAAUCUUCAUAGAGAAUCGAUCAGAGAGAGAAUCGAUCAGAGAGACUAACAGCAGCACCGGAGGAGGAAGGAUCGAUGAUCAGCCCGGAUCCUCUCGGAGCCUCCAGAUUUGUCACAUUAUGUCUGCCAUUAAGCAAGAUGUUCUUGCUCAUCAUUUUAACCUCAACCAACAAGAGAUCUCUGCUCUGGAUCCCCGGGAAACGGAAUCUGAAAAAAUCAAAGAGAGCGAAGAGGAACCAGAACUUCCACAAGUCAAAGCAGAGGAAUACGGAUCAGAACCUCUGCAGAUGGUAAAGGAAGGAGAGCAGAUAAUAUUGAAGCAGGUAACAGAUGACUUAACAGAAACAGAUUCUGCAUCUGUUGAAAUCAAAGAGGAACCAAAGGAAGUAGAACUGCAACAAAUGAAGGAAGAAGAUUGUCAAUCAGGAUCUCAGCAGAUGGUCAAGACUGAUGAAGGUAUCAGUCAGGAUGAAAACCAGGAUGUACCAAAGCAAGAGACUGAUACAUUUAUGGUAACAGGUUCUGGAUCACUUGAAAUCAAAGUAGAACCAGAGGAACUAGAGCUGCAACAAAUGAAAGAAGACGAUCGCCAAUCAGAAUCCCAGCAGAUGGUAAAGAUUGAGGCUGAAGGCAUCAAUCAGGAUUAUAACCAGGAAGUACUGAAGCAGGAGACGGAAACAUUAAUCCUAACUGCGUCUAAUAAUGAACCAGAUCAACAACAACCAGAACUCAGUGGAAACCAAAUGUUCUCGCACCAGCAGAGAGUUGAGAAAACCAGAGGUGAAGGUGACAAUGCAGAGAAAGGCGUGAAGGACAAGGAAAUUUACAGAUUAAAAAAAUGUAAACAAUGUAACGUAUGUGGGAAAAGUUUCAAAUUAAACACUGAGUUAACAAUCCACAUGAGAACUCACACAGGUGAGAAGCCUUUCUUAUGUGUAACCUGUGGAAAAGGUUUCAGUCAAAAAUGUAAUUUGAAUAGCCACAUGGGAACUCACACAGGUGAGAAACCAUUCUCAUGCGAAAUCUGUGGGAAAUGUUUUCGUCAAAAAUAUAUUUUGAUUAGCCACAUGAGGACUCACACAGAGGAGAGAGCUUUCUCAUGUGUAACUUGUGGGAGAACUUUCCGUCACAAGUGUAGUUUGAAUAAUCACAUGAGAACUCACACAGGUGAGAAACCUUUUGCAUGUAUAACCUGUGGAAAAGGUUUCAGUGAAAAAAAUACUUUGAUUAGGCACAUCAGAACUCACACAGGGGAGAAGCCUUUCUCAUGUAAAAUCUGUGGGAAAUGUUUUCGUCAAAGACAUAUUUUGAAUACCCACAUGAGAGUUCACACUGAGGAGAGACCUUUCUCAUGUGCAACUUGUGGAAAAGGUUUCAAUCAAAAAGCCAAUUUGAAUAGCCACAUGAGAACUCACACUGGUGUGAAGCCUUUCUCAUGUGCAACCUGUGGAAAAUGUUUCAAUCAAAAAAUCCACUUGGAUAACCAUGUGAGAAUUCACACAGGUGAAAAGCCUUUUUCAUGUGAAACCUGUGGAAAAUGUUUCCGUGAAAAGCAUGUUUUGAAUACCCACAUGAGAACUCACACAGGUGAAAAGCCUUUCUCAUGUGGAACCUGUGGAAAAUGUUUCCGUGAAAAGCGGAUUUUGAAUAGCCAUGUGAGAAUUCAUACAGGUGAGAGGCCUUUCAUAUGUGGAACUUGUGGGAAAUGUUUUGGCCAUAAAAAUAGUUAUACUUACCACAUCAGAACUCACAAAAGAGAAACCUUCCACCCAUCGUACUUGUCCUAAUGAUGCCUGUUCCAGCUCUAAUUUGACAUGCGGUAAAAUUUUGUUUCAAAGAAGCAAUUUAACGUUCCCCAUAAGUUGGACAGUUUCUGUCAGCAGAGUGUUCAGAAAAAUUACUCUAUUAACAUUAAUGACAUGUUUGAUGGUUUGUAGUUGAUAAAGGACCAAAUUCUUACAAUAGAGUUGAAAUCAUGCAUGAUGUGAAAUAAAAGGACAAAUUUCUCUGUGUUUAAUUAUCGAAAUGCAUCAACACUGAAUGCUGUGUGGAUUAAUGCUGCAGUCACAUCAUUUUAUUAAUGUGAUGAAAACUGUAAUAAAUUCUCAAAUGUUUU